ACAGUAUUGUCAGAAAAGCCAACAACUUUCACAAUCACUGUGACAUCUGAAGCGGGAGAAAACGAUGAAAGAGAAUCUUGACGAUAAUGAUGUCACGGAUAUAAUAAAACUACUAGAACAACAGGCAGAAGAAAAUUUAGGAAUGGUAAUGAUCUUCACUCUAGUCUCAGCAGUACAGGAGAAAUUAAAUGAAAUAGUGGAUCAAAUAAAAACACGAAGAGAAGAGGAAAAGAAACAGAAAGAAAGAGAAGCGGAAGAAGAAGAGAAACAACGUUUUCACGGCACUCCUGUUACCAUUGAGAAUUUCCUAAAUUGGAAAGCGAAGUUUGAUGCAGAACUCCUAGAAAUAAAAAGGAAAAAAAUGAAAGAAGAAGAACAAGCGGGCAAAAAUAAAUUAAGCGGUAAACAGCUGUUUGAAAUGGAUCACAACCUUGACACCUCUGACAUCCAGUUCUUGGAGGAAGCUGGAAACAGCGUGGAGGUUGAUGAAUCUUUAUUCCAAGAAAUGGAUGAUUUAGAGUUGGAGGAUGAAGAGGAUGACCCUGACUACAACCCUGUUAAUUUAGAUAGUGAUUAGACUGUUUUGAACUGGCUCUGUCAUCAGUAUGGACAUACGUAAGGAGACAGGGGCAGGCAGGAAAGCCACAGCAUCUGUGGUUUUAGUAAUGUGUAUCAUUUUUCUCUUUUUUUUCUUUCCUUUUUUCUUUUUUUCUAAAGAAAAAAACCAAAAUAUUUUAAAUCCAGGAGAAUGGUCUUCUGAUGACUUUCAUCAUAAAUAAAUUUACUUCAAUAUUUCAAAUGAAAAAUUUGAGGAAUAUUGAUCUAUCUGAAAAUGCUAUUCUAUUUUCUCUUAUUUUUUCCUUCCCAUUUCUGUAACUGUCCUUUGAAGAGAUGUGACAACAAGCAAGAUGGAAAGAUGUUACAGCAAGCGCUAAACACACCUGCAUCUGAAGGCUGAGCAGCUGUUCUGCUAUCUUCCACCUAGGAUAUACAUGGGCAGCUUUGGUGAAUAAAAGGGAUCACAUACUAUGCAGGGUUUUUUUAAAUUUUUUUUUUUUUCUUCUGUGAAAUUUUACAACACUUAAGUCAGUUCUGGUGCCCCAACCUAUCAGCUGUAGAUAGGCAGCACUAGUCACCUUUUAAUAAGGCAUGGCCUUAUUAAAGUUUAAUGGAAACCAUUUCCAUACUACUAGAGUAAAAUAUUUCACCGUAGUUGAGGAUAAUAGUUUCAAAAUUACUAGUUCAAGUCUGUAGGAAAGAAAAAUCGGAAUGAGAUGAAGUCCUCUUAAAAAUUUUUAUUGAUUUGUUCAGAGAGGGUUUUUUUUUAAUUUUGAACUUGUGCAACAAUGAACUUCCAUGGGAAAAAAAAAACCAAAACCAAACCCCAGCCUAGGAAAAUGUAGUUUGCUUUUGGCAACAGUAUGUUGAAACACUGUCAGUGGAGUGCAGAAUACAGUACCAGGAUUUAUAGAGGGCUUGUAGGUUUGAAUGUAGUGGGUGUUUUAGAAGCAUCAUGUUGGCAGCCCAUAAAGGUUAUCACAACACAGAGUAAAGCUACACAUCAACUCGUGGAUGUUAACCAUCCUGCAGAGUUGCUUACGGAGCUGAUGGCUUGAUAUUAGACACUUUCUCUCUUCCCACCUCCAAAAAAACCCAAAACACUGCAAGAACUGUGGUAUUUAAACAUGCUGUGUUUGAGACUGCGUCAGCUAGAAGGACGACGGUAUGGCUGAAGGUUUCAAAAGACAGCUCUCCGAAUAGAGAACCACCAGGCACCUCCUUGAUUAAACACUGUGUGCUGAAUUUUAAAAUACUGUUAGUAGACUGCCUUAACUGUGCCAGCUUCAACCUUUGAAGAGGAUUGCACUAAGUAUCACAGUGCUUAGAGGAAUAACAAAUGUAUGAGCUUUAAUAUUUGGUAAUUCUCUAUUCAAAAUGAGAAAUUUAAUUCCAGAAAUAAUUUAAUGGUGUGUAAGAUUCUCUGCUCAUAUCGCUUGAGAACAUCUGUUUAGGAUGAUCUCCUUUAACAUGUUUCAGUAGUUUUUCUUUUUGUAUUCAAGAUGAAUGAGUUUCUAGCAGACAGAAAUAAAUGUGCAAGUACCCUGUAAAUACUUUUAUAAAUCAACCAUGUGCCUUUGUUCCUACUGUCCUCUAUUUGAUCUUUUUAAUUUUGGAUACUAAGAACUCUAGGCAAGCAUCUAGGUUUCAAUGAUAACGUUGUAUGUUUCAAAGCAAUAAGCAGGAUCUGUGUUCCAGCAGAGUUACCAAAUAUAUUAAAAAAUUGUGAGCUAAUGUGAUACUAAAUCUGACUUUUUCCAAAGAUACGGUUGGAUUAAAAGCUUGAUAGUGACUACAUCCAGCUGCCUGUGUCAUUGUUAGUAUGCUUUAAAAUGCUGUUCAGCACUGAACUUAAUUUACUUCUGGUAUGUCUCAAUUCAGCUGCAUAAAAACUUUUAAGGCUGCUUUCCAUUUUCAGCUAUAUAUGUUUAAAACUAGCGUUUUUUCAUAAAAGGAGUGAAUUAGUUCUCUUUAAAUCUGGACUGAAUCCAAGAAUGCUGUGUAGUCUGUGCAAAAUGUGGUAAUCAGAAAAUUUUCCAAGUGGGUCACUGACGUCAAAGAAUCAUCUGCGUAUGAAAAAAAGUUUCUCGAUAAUGGUAUUUCUAGAUUAAUGAGAUUUUCUAGUCUGUUUUCACACUAACAUAUUUAUUGGUUUUCAUGCAGAGGAUGUAUAGCUUAAAAAUGCUAAACUGAUGUCAAACAAGUUAAAAUGUGAAAAUGUGUUUUCACUGUUACAUCUUAUAUUCAAAGCAGAGGAGAUAAUAAGGGUUGAAGUGACAAAAAAUUGCAUAAAGUCUGUUUCUCCAAGUCUUUGGAACAAGUUUCAGUGGCUCAAUCUGAACUUCAGAUUUGUUUAGCUUUAUUAGCAAUUAACAUCUGUGAAAUAAAAGGGAAUUUGACUGAGAGU